AUGUCUCAAGAUGGAUUUUCUGAAAGAAAUAUUGAAAUCAAUAAACCAUCUACAUCACAACCAUCAGAGUUGCAAGGAAUAGAUUCGGUGCAUUCUUGUCACAGUAGAACAACAAAAUCGCAUCCAGAAAUUGUGUCAACAUCCAAUAACUUGAGUCAAGAUGGUAUUAAUGAAAAUUCUACAGCAGUGUUUAAUAAUUACCAAAUGACUAAUUUGUCAGAACAAUAUCAAAACAUAAAUAUAAAUAAUGAUAAUGACAACUUAAACUCCACUUCCAAUACACCUAAAAAAAAGAAUGCAAGGAAAAAAGAAAGGUUAAAAAAGUUACAUAUAGAAAUGCCUAAUGACAACCAAAGGCAACCUGAGGCAAUCCAAACUGCACCUGCAGGCCCUGUACAUAAUGGUAUAGCUCCUGUACAUGAUUUUUUCUUAAAACAAAUUACACCUUUGUAUGCCAGUACAAGUUCAAGAUACUUAGAAAAUCUUACUCAUCACCCACAAUUUCAUUUAAUGCAAAAUAUACAUUUCAGUGAAAUGUUUCAAAACCAUCAGACAGCUGCAAGUUUACCAAGUACUCCAUUUCUACAGCAACCUCACUUUUUAAAUCCUCAAAAAAAUUUCCAAAAUGUGGCAUUAUUGCAUCAACAUACACCACCAAAAUUUUUGCAGAAUGUUUUACAACAUCCACUUUUGAGUAAAAAUUUUGUACAUACAAAUCAUCACAAUUUUCAUCAGGCAUCACCUGGUUUUUAUCCUGUUAAAAAAAGCUUAACAUUUGUUAACUCACAAAGUGAUGAUGCAAAUUCUUCGCCAAGACGUAGAAAUAGACAAAAAAAUAAGGACAUCACUGAUACUGAAGAGAGACAAUUUAAUUUUUAUAUGUCAAAAGAAGAAGUAGAAAAAGGGAUACAAAAUAAUAUAUUAUUAGAAGGUGUUCUAAGGAUAAAUCCUAAACAAUUUCAACUUUCGUAUGUUUCUAGCAAUGACAGAAGUGAGCAAGACGUGCUCAUAGAUGGAAUUAAAAACAGAAAUCGUGCUUUAGAAGGUGAUGUUGUUGUUGUACAAUAUGUUGAAAGUGAUGAAGAAGAAAGUACUGCGACAAAUGGUGAAGAUAAACAAAAGAAAGGCAAAGUAGUGUACAUUAAAGAAAAGGUUCAUACUAGAACAUGUAUUGGAAUUUUAAAACUGAUGGCAGACAGGAAUAGACAAAAGGCUCUGUUUAUACCAAGAGAUCAUAGAAUACCCAGACUUAAUAUACCAUUUACAAAUUGGCCUGAUAACUUUUAUAAAAAUGCUAAAAGUUAUGCAAAUACAUUGUUUUUGGCAAAAAUUGAAGAAUGGAGUGAUGUGAGAUUUGCUGUGGGAAAAAUAUUGUGUAAUAUUGGACAGUCAGGUGAUAUGGAAUCUGAGACAAAAGCUAUUCUUGCCCAAACUGAUUUAGAUAUAACACCAUUUGGGCCAGAAGUUACGCAUUUAUUUCCACGUUUAGAUUACAUCAUCCCCGAAGAAGAAAUUAAAUUACGUGAAGACUGCAGAAAAAUGUGCAUUUUUAGUAUAGAUCCAUUUAAUUGUCGUGAUAUAGAUGAUGCUGUUUCUUGUGAAAUACUGGAAAAUGGCAACUAUGAAAUUGGAGUCCAUAUAUCAGAUGUAGCACAUUUUUUGACAGAGAAUACUAUUCUUGAUGAGAAAGUAGCUGAAAAAGCGACUACUAUUUAUAUGGUUGAGAGAGCGUAUCAUAUGCUACCUGAUGAUUUAUGUAUGCUGUGUUCACUUUUCCCAGGGGUUGACAAAUUAGCAUUCUCAGUUUUCUGGGAAAUUACAGAAGAUGCUAUUGUUAUAAAACAUAGAUUUGCUAAAACAGUCAUACAAUCUUGCUGCCAACUAGCUUACGACCAUGCACAAGCAGUUCUUGAUAAUAUUGAAGAUGCUGAAACUACUUUCCCAGAAUUUUAUAAUGGCUUUAAUUUUAAAGAUGUUCAACAAAGAAUAAAAAUAUUAGGUAAACUAUCUGCUAUUUUAAGAAAAAGGAGAUUUGAAGGUGGAGCUUUGCGCUUAGAUCAACCAAAAGUGUCAUUCCAUUUAAGUCCAACAAAUGGAUUGCCAGAAUCUUUUUGGAUCUAUGAAAGUAAAGAAAGCCAUCAGCUUAUAGAAGAGUUUAUGCUUUUAUCAAAUAUGACUGUAGCUCAAAGAAUACAUGACGAUCACCCACAGCUUGCUUUUCUAAGGUGUCAUCCAUCACCAAGCCUUUACAUGCUUAAACAACUAGCAAAAUCUUUAAAACCUAUAGGAAUUAACUUAGAAAUUGAAUCUGCUGGGGAAUUAUAUAAAUCUUUAUUACCCUAUAUUGGACCUGAAAGUACAGAUAGAGGAAAAGUUAUGGUUCUCAACAUGUUAUGUGCUAAGCCGAUGACAAGAGCAAAAUACUUUUGUAUUGGUGGUCCAGAAGAAGAUCAUAAUCAUUAUGCCUUGAAUAUCCCUUUAUAUACACAUUUUACCAGUCCUAUAAGACGUUAUGCAGAUAUAAUGGUCCACAGAUUACUAGCUGCUAGUCUGAAAUAUCGGGAAAUGCCUAAAUGGGAAGUAGACAAAGUAUGCAUGAUUGCUGCACAAUGUAAUAAGCAAAAGUAUAACGCUAAAAAGGCAGGGGAGCUCUCAACAGAAUUGUAUACAUUGAAAUAUAUUGAACUAAAUUCACCAGUUAUUAGUGAAGCUGUUGUAGUUGAAGUUAGAGAAAAAUACAUUGAUGUUAUUAUUGUUUCAAUGGGAUUGAAUAGAAGAAUAUUUUUCAAUAAUGAUUUUCCAGGGGAAUACCAGUGCAUAAAAAAUGAUGCAGGUGAUAAACUGUCUAAAAUGAAAGUGACAUGGAAGAAAACUGAUAAUUUGCUAUCUGUGGAACAAAUAAUUGAAGUUUUCUCAAUAUUGCAAGUUGAAAUGCACAAAGGAGAUGAUAUGGUGAAAGUAGAGACAAAGCUUGUACGGCCGCAA